AUGCCGUUUGCCAAAGCCCGGGCCUCGGCUCCCGCAAAACCCGCAUCGAGAGAACCGUCUUGUCGGCGCCCGUCUCUUGCGACCGAUCCACCACGCCUCGGCGGCAUCUUUCCCAGCGUGCGCGCCAACGACAGCCAAGGCACACUGGUCGGCUCCCUCGACGCCGACGACUUCAGCCAGUAUGGCGUCGACCAGCAGCUACGAGGCUCGCUGCCGGAUCCGACGACGCCUGCUCGGCAGUACUCCCCGCGCUGCGGGACGGCGCUCAGGGAUGCCGGCUCCAUCGAGCUGCGCGUGGAUUAUUUCGUCAGCGAGGAUGAUGACUGCGCUCUCCGCCAUGGCAAUUACACCGGCGUGUGGGCGGGGGACAGCGGUGCGUCGAUACCUCUGACGAGAAGUCACUACUUUGCCGACCACGUCCACCAGAGUGUCUACUACUAUCUGCCGGACAAAUCAUAG